AGUAAAGUGAUUGUCAGUUGGUGAUGGUGAAGCUGUGAAAGAGCUAUUGGAAGAGGAGGGAAUGAAGACAAAGUCCCGGGCUGAGUAUCUGGACUUGGAAAGGGACGUGCUGCAUAUUUGAAUAGGCAGAGUUAAAUCAGCUCUGAUCCUUGCCUUUCGGAGACUAGAUGAGCUCUGGAGAUCUAAAGAUCCUGUCCUUAAGUCAGCUUCAUGUCCCGAUCUCAGCUCUCCCUUCGAGUCGCCACCCUGCUGACGGGGAUACUGGAAUGUAUCGCCUUCUCCGGGCUGAUUUUUGGCUGGACCUCGCUGGUGUUCAUUCUCAAAAGUGAUCACUACUUCGAGGAUCUGUGUGAGCAUCCGGUUAAUGGGACAAGCAAUGCCACAGGUCAUAUAGAAUGCAGCGCUCAGGAUUCAAAAUACUCCCUCAUCUUUACCCUGGCUUCCUUCUCAAACAACUUCAUGACAUUCCCCAUGGGCUACAUCUUUGACCGCCUUGGAACCACUGUGGCACGUCUCAUUGCUAUAUCGCUCUAUGCAGGGGCCACUCUUCUUGUAGCCGUCUCCUCUCCAGGUACGGCACUAAUGCUCUUUGCGGCUUUCCCAAUGCUCGCUGUUGGUGGCAUUUUGUUUCUGCUUACCAAUUUGCAGGUGGGGAACCUAUUUGGCCAACAUCGAUCGACCAUAAUCACCCUCUACAAUGGGGCGUUUGAUUCCUCCUCUGCAGUCUUUCUCGUCAUUAAGCUUCUCUAUGAGCGGGGCCUGAAACUGAGAAUCUCCUUCUUCAUCCUCUCUGCCUUUAGCAUCUGGCACCUCAUCCGUACUUUCUUCCUUAUGCCCAAGGGGCACAUCCCCUAUCCAUUGCCACCCAACUACACCUAUGGCAUUAACUGUUCAAGGAGGGAUGAUGGAUCACAAGGAACUAAAGAUGAAGAAGUCAGAAAGGAAGAGGUGGAACUAAGGCAGGAAGUCAAAGACCCCUCCCCGGCUCUUCAGCAAGAGACAGCCAAGAUUGACCAGAGUAGUCCUCCCUCUUUCCGAAGCUGUGUGCUAUCUUGGCGAUUCUUUUGGCACCUGGUCUGGCUCUCUUCAAUGCAGCUGUGGCACUACCUCUUCAUUGGGACUCUCAACCCUAUGCUGAACCAUCUGGCACAUGGCAACAAGGUUCAAGUCAGCACCUAUACAAAUGCCUUUGCCAUCACUCAGCUCUUUGGGAUCUUGUGUGCCCCCUGGAAUGGAUUCAUGUUGGACCGCCUUAAGAAAAAAUACCAGGAAGAGGCAAGAAAAAGAGGUUUUCCAGAGUCUAUGGUAGACCUUCACUCUACCUUCCCAUCCUUGGCCACAACAUCCUUCUUGUGCCUCGCCUUCUCCAUCUUUGCCUCCAUUCCCAUCCUUCCCCUCCAGUAUUUAACCUUCAUCCUACAAGUUAUCAGUCGGUCUUUUCUGUAUGGAGGGAAUGCUGCUUUCAUCACUCUGGCGUUUCCUUCCCAGCACUUUGGGAAGAUCUAUGGGACAGUGAUGAUGUUGUCAGCCAUGAUCUCACUUCUGCAGUUCCCCUUCUUCAUCCUCAUCAAAGGGCCACUCCAGGGGAACCCUCUCUAUGUAAAUAUCGUGCUGAUAAUGUUCACUCUUCUCUCCUUUGUCCAUCCCUUCUUAGUGUCGAGGGAGUGGCGUCAGGAAAAACAUGUGUAAUGUUCUAGGCCUCUUUAUUCCUCUUUAUUCCUGAGCUAGAGCUCAGGGCUUCCUAGUAAUGCAACUUUUCUGCUUUCCCCAUUCCCUUCCUCUGCGUGUGUUACUGAGCCUCCUCCUUACAAGUCCAAGAGGGAGGAGGUAGGAAUGUACCUAGGAAGGCAUUCUUCCUAAGAUGAAGAUUUUAUCUGCCAUGGGAGAGACAAGAUCACAGAUUAUUUUUUUAAAAAGUGUUUUUGUACAAAAAUAAAAAACAAAACAAAGAUGUCUG